CCGUCUCCGACACCAGCAUCGAUUAAAACUUUUUUAUUAUUUUUUUACCCGAGACGAGAGGAUUAAUUUUCUCGGUCAGUUUAAAUAAAAAUAAUGAUGGAAGUUUUUCAAAUCAAGUCGGGGAUUUUCUAGAAAAAAAAAGAGAAUGAGGUAAUACGGCUUCCUGUGUUGUAAGGUUGCGUAAUAUCAUGUAAUUUGAUAUGUUGUUGUUGUUCAUGUCGUGAAUUGUUCCCCACCAUAUCAGGUAUAAAUAGAUCAAAUCGGAACGUUUGCAAGUUAGUACUUGUUUUACUUUGUUAAAGUGACAAUGCAAGGACAAUGCUGCGGGCCACCCCAUUCUCAUGGGUUAAACCAUCACGGACAUCACCAUGGACAUCACCACGGACAUGGACAUCAUCAUGAACAUGGUCAAUGUGGACAUCCUCACCGUCAUCAUGGACAUGGUCAUCAUGGACGUGGUCAUCAUGGAUUCGAACAUGGACAUCGCCAUCAUCAUGAUCAUCCACAUGGAAGACACCAAAAUCAUGGUGGAUGUCGUGGCCAAGAAAAUCAUCGCCAAGGAAAUGGGAUGCCAGCUAUAUCAGGAAAUGCUGCUUAAAUAUCUCAAAAUAAAUUAAAAUGUUAUAAAUUGUAAAAGCAUUUUUAAUUGGUGUUUACUCACUAAAUGAAAAUAAAUAAAUGUUUUUGUGUAAUUCAAAACAAUAAAUUAAAAUCUGUAGAUAAGAUUAGAUUAGAUGUUAUAAGAAUUGAACGCAAUUAUGAAUUUCAAUAAAUGAAGAAAUAAAAGUUU